AUGGUUACAAAUCGAACAACUUUAUUUGAGGAUUGGCUGCAUCUGGACAUAGAAGAGCCGAUGCGCAUUCUCGGCCUAGAUUAUCCAUCAUAUUUAAUGCACUUCACAGGGACUAUGGAGAGCUUGCAGGUUAGAGCCAAUCGUUUCGAACAUCAGCUUGAAGCGGCAGGUGUUGGCAGAAGACCUGUAAUAUUCAUAUGUCACAGUCUAGGUGGUUUGUUGGUGAAACGUUUGCUUCUAGACCUGCAUGAUUUGGCUAAAAAAACGAUAGGGAUAUUAUUUAUUGCUACCCCUCAUCGUGGUUCUCCAAUAGCAGCUUGGGGUUACUCAAUAUUGCAUCCAUCGGCAGAUGUUGUGCUUCUGUUGGAACAAAACGAAGUGAACAAAAAGUUAAACGAGGAUUUCGUCAAGAUUAGCGACAAAAUUCCAGUAAUUGUGAGCAUGGUCGAAACAAAGCAGUCGAAUCUUAUCGGCACUGCCAAGGGUAUAAUCGUUCCGACACAAUCUGCCGUGUACGAACGGGGUGCCGUUUAUCACAUCGAGGAGGUUAGUUCAUCGGAUCUGCUGCGAGUGAUGAUAGUGAUCACUAAGAAUCAAAUUUUGCAGUCCCACCACAACGUGUGCAAACCAUCCGAACGUUCAAGCCCAGCAUAUAGCGUUGUUCUGAACUUUCUUCGUGAUUCUAUUAAAGAGGCCAAAAAGAGGAAAAAGUGA